AGAAAUAGAAGAAGAAGAAAAAAGAAAACGAAGGAGAAGAAGAAAAAUAGAUGAACUGCAAUAACACCUGAAAGGGUUCGUGCUAUAGACACUACAGUGGUGUUGGAAUUAAAGGAUUUAUUAUUUGACAUCACAACCAGACCCACUGAGGCUCUUCCGUACGUCGCGUGUCAGCGUCCCUGUCUUGGCCCAAUAAUCACUUUGGCCUCGCUAUGCAACAACUUAUUACCGACGGAUCGGACCCACAGACACAGGUGAUGACUCUCUUCUCUCCUAGUCCUUGAAAUCUGCAGCACAACUUGUGUGAGCAGACCGCACAAACAACCUCUUUAAAAGUACUAAGAUGGACAUUUAAUUUUUCCCAAAGAGCGAAAUGACCGUCGCGGUCUUUUAGUAGAAACUGAUAAGGAAUGCUGGAAAAAUCAUGGAAGAUUAAAUGCAACCAAUCGAUUUUAUUUUUGCUUGUAAAUUUGAUCUUUUUAAAUCAUAAUUAAAUUAUUUUCUUUUAAGCAACUUCCCCUCGGGGAUCAAUAAAGUCUAUUCUGAUUCCAAGUGGGUUGGCAGCACCUGAGACAGCCAAUCUCAAAGGAUGACCAGCCUGUUCAGGCGGAGCAACAGCAACAAAGGCUCUGAAAGCAGUGGAGGUAGAGAUGGAGGCGGCACUACUAGUGGGCAGCUCAACAACAGCAGGCCCAACCGGCCAGUCAGACACCUGGAGUUCAAUCAGGCCAUGGAAGACUUCAAGACCAUGUUUCCCUCCAUGGACUACGAGGUGAUUGAGUGUGUCCUGCGUUCCAACAAAGGAGCUGUGGACGCCACUAUCGACCAGCUGCUUCAAAUGAGCAUUGAAGGACAUCACUCGGACGAUACCUCGGACUCAGAUGACAGCAUCCCGGCAGAGAUUCUGGAGCAGACCCAGGAACCCGACAGCUCAGAUGAAGAACCACCUCCAGUUUACUCUCCACCAAAAUCCAACAUGUACUCUGACUGGAAGCAGCCAGAGACACACAUAGUGUCUCCUCCACAAUCGGAGACCCAUGUGCCAGCAGACGACCAGCAAGUUCGAAUCUACAGGAACUGGAACCCCCCGCUGCUCGGAAAUCUUCCAGAGGACUUUUUGAGGAUUUGGCCUCAGCAAUUAAACAGUGUGAAGCAGUACUCGCAAAGCAGUCCGUCUCAGCCCUCCUCAGCCUCCUCGGUGUCUGUGUCCUCAACAAAUCACAGGACAGCUCAGGCCGGUUCUGUGUUUGGAGCUACUUUGGCUGCUGAGGGUCCCGAUAUGACAACAGGAUUACAAGAGAGCACACUGAUGCAGUAUUUGGAAGACGAGCGCAUAGCCCUGUUUCUGCAGAAUGAGGAGUUUUUGAAAGAGCUGAAGCGCAACCAUGAGUUCCUCAUUGCCUUAGAGAGAGAUGGGUUGAAGUAUGGAUCAAAGUCCAGCCAUUUAUCAAGCCUGGACACUUCCACAGUUCCACAUUGCAGUAUGGGUCCUUUGUGUGCAGGGGAGAGGUACUCAACAGAUUCGCACGACCCUCCGUCAGAUGACGCACUAUUCAGAGACAAACUCAAGCACAUGGGUAAAUCAACAAGAAAGAAGCUCUUUGAAAUUGCCAGAACGUUUUCUGAAAGGACGAAGAGGAGAAAGUCUAAAAGAAAGACUCUCACACACUUAUUGGGCACAGCUGACUCUACAGCAAAUCUCCUUGAAGAUAUUGAGGCAAACCCCAGUGAGGAAGAUGGUAAGCCAAGAAGAGGUAUCCUUCAGGAAGACAAACAACUUGACAAGCCAAUAUGAUGUUCUCCCAAGUGUCUGGAUAGACAAAGUCAACAGGUGAUGUGACGGAUCUGUCGGCUGUCAGCGGUGAAUACCUUCCACUUCUUGAUGCCCUUUUCUUGUUACAGUUAGGGUAAUAAUGGACACAACCUUAAUGUGUUAGCUCUGUAUUUGACCCAGGAUCCUAAUCACGUAUUACUUUGAGAAUUCAAUGUCUUUUUUCCAAGUAGUUCUGAUCGAUGCUAGAUCAACAUUAAACAAGACACUUUUUAAACACUUUCUGAGAGUUGGACUUAGACGUACAGCUCAUUAUUUAGCUCCUUAUCAAAUAAUGUAAAGGCUUUCAGUGUCAUAAGAUCUUGUCUAAUUUUUACGAAUGUUUUCAACUGAAAUGGCUGGAAAUAAAAUUUCUUAACUUCA